AUGGCUUUCAGUGGGAAUUGGAUCGGUAAUAACGACCGGACCAUGCAUUCAUUCAGUCCGGCCAGUACCAACCCGGAAACUAGACACUCCGAGACGUUUGCUGAACGAUUUUCCUUCCAUCGACCGUCGAUGCAGCGAGACACACGGGAGAUCCAAGAGGGUGCAAUAGCGCAACCAACAGACAAACAUAAUUCUGUCCUCGACUCUGCGACGGAAAAGUAUACCAAUGAGGAUUCGGAUCUGGUUUCCCGCGAAGAAGUCACCGCUGAGGUCAGAAACCUCGCACGUCAGUGGACACGACAGUCGACUGCCUCGGAGCACGGCCACCCCUUGCAGAGCAAUCCCGAUCCAAUGCUCGACCCCAAUUCCGAGCACUUCAAGCCCCGUGCCUGGACCAAGGCGAUGCUGAGACUGGCCGAAGCCGAGAGUGAGCAUUUUAGAAGUCCAAAGACCGGUGUGUGCUUUAAAAACCUGAGCGUGCAUGGAUUCGGCUCUGGGUCAGAUUUUCAAAAGAGCGUGGGAAAUGUCGCCUGGCAAGCCAUCGGUCUGGCAAAGAAACUUCUCGGUCGCGGGGAACGUCGUAUCGAUAUCUUGCGAAACUUCGACGGUCUGGUCCAAGCUGGGGAAAUGCUUGUGGUCCUGGGCCCCCCUGGGUCAGGGUGCACGACGUUCUUGAAGACCCUGGCAGGAGAGACCCAUGGGUUUGUCGUCGACCCGGAGUCAUAUAUCAAUUACCAGGGCAUCAGCCACGAGCGAAUGAAGAAGAACUUCCGCGGAGAGGCCAUCUAUACCGCCGAACAAGAUGUUCACUUCCCCCAUCUCACCGUCGGGCACACCCUAUACUUUGCUGCCCGGGCCAGGACACCCAAGUUCCUCCCCGGAGGCGCGACGAAACACCAGUACGCUGAGCACAUGCGAGACGUUAUCAUGGCCACAUUUGGUAUUCGCCACACCAUCAACACUCGUGUAGGGAACGACUAUGUCCGUGGAGUGUCCGGAGGAGAACGCAAACGGGUCAGCAUCGCCGAAGCGGCUCUCAGCCAUGCACCACUUCAGCUGUGGGACAAUUCAACCAGAGGUCUCGACAGUGCCAAUGCCAUCGAGUUCUGCAAGAACCUGCGGAUCCAGACAGAGGUCAACGAUGUGACGGUCGCCGUGGCCAUCUAUCAAGCACCGCAGACAGCCUACGAGACCUUUGACAAAGUGAUCCUAUUGUAUGAAGGCCGCCAGAUCUUUUUCGGUCCCACCAACAAAGCAAAGGCCUACUUCACCAACAUGGGAUUCGAGUGUCCCGAACGCCAAAAUGAGGCCGACUUUUUGACUUCGAUGACGAGCCCCGUCGAGCGGAUCGUGAAGCCGGGCUAUGAGAAUAGGGUCCCCCGCUCCCCGGACGAGUUUGCUCAACGUUGGAGAGAGAGUCCCGAGCGACAAGCCUUGUUGGAAGAGAUUUCUCGCUUCGAGCAAGAACAUCCCAUCGGAGGCCCCGACUUUGAGGUGUUCAAGGAAUCACGACGUACCCAACAGGCAAAGAAUACCCGUCCAGGUUCGCCGUACACCUUGUCUUACACGCAGCAAAUUCAGCUGUGUCUCUGGCGCGCCUUUGUUCAGCUCAAGGGCGACCCGAGUAUCACUCUCACUCAGCUGAUUGGCAACUUUUGCAUGGCAUUGAUCAUCUCGUCGGUCUUUUAUGAUUUGGACGAGACAGCCGGGUCAUUCUACUCUCGGAGCGCCUUGCUCUUCUUCGCAAUCAUGAUGAGUGCCUUUGGCUCCGCGUUGGAAAUCCUCACUCGAUACGCCCAGAGGCCGAUCGUCGAGAAGCACAGUCGAUACGCUCUCUACCAUCCCUCCGCCGAGGCGUUCGCAUCCAUGCUCUGCGACAUGCCCUAUAAGAUCACCAACACAAUUCUGUUCAACCUGACCAUCUACUUUAUGACCAAUCUCCGAAGGGACCCCGGUGCCUUCUUCUUUUUCCUGCUCAUUUCGUUCUUCAUGAUGUUGACUAUGAGCAUGAUGUUCCGAGGCAUCGCCUCCGUAUCGCGGACCCUGGAACAGGCCAUGGCUCCCGCGGGACUGCUCAUGCUGGCCCUGAUCAUUUACACUGGCUUCGUGAUUCCCACCGACUAUAUGCUCGGCUGGUCCAGAUGGAUUAAUUAUCUGAACCCUGUGGCAUUUGGAUUCGAGGCUCUUAUGGUGAAUGAGUUCUCUGGGCGGACGUAUCCAUGCGUUGGAGCUAUGCUGGUGCCGAAUUACCCCGGCGCGGACCUCGCCAACCAGAUCUGCUCGGCUGUUGGUGCUGUGCCCGGCCAGACCUCGGUCGAUGGCGACACUUAUAUCCAGUCCGCAUACAAAUACAACAAGGCCCAUCGCUGGAGGAACUUUGGCAUCCUGAUUGCGUUCAUGAUCGCACUCAUGGUGGCCCACCUGGUCGCCACCGAAUACAUCCAGGCGAAGAAAUCCAAAGGCGAAGUCCUGGUGUUCCGUCGCGGGCAUAUGACCACGGCCCUCACAUCUGGUAACGCUGGAGACAUGGAGACGGCUCCGACCGGGAAUGCAGCUCGGGUUGAAAAGACUGGCGUCGAUGUGUCCAACGUGAUUCAAAAACAGACGUCCAUUUUCCAAUGGAGAGACGUUUGCUACGAUAUCAAAAUCAAAGGCGAGCCGAGGAGGAUCCUCGACCACGUCGAUGGCUGGGUCAAACCUGGCACACUUACGGCGUUGAUGGGGGUCAGUGGCGCCGGAAAGACGACUCUCCUCGAUGUCCUGGCCAAGCGAGUCACUAUGGGUGUUAUCUCCGGUGAAAUGCUUGUCGACGGGCGCCAGCGUGAUAGCUCAUUUCAGCGGAAGACGGGCUAUGUUCAGCAACAGGACCUCCACCUCCAGACCUCGACCGUCCGCGAGGCGCUCCGCUUUAGCGCCGUGCUCCGCCAGCCGGCAUCAGUUCCGUAUCAGGAAAAGAUGGCCUAUGUGGAGGAAGUGGUUAAAAUCCUGGACAUGGAGGAGUAUGCUGAUGCCGUGGUCGGGGUGCCAGGCGAAGGCCUGAACGUUGAACAGCGAAAACGACUGACGAUUGGAGUCGAGCUCGCAGCGAAACCUCAGCUGCUUCUCUUUCUCGACGAGCCCACCUCGGGCCUGGAUUCGCAGACCUCCUGGUCGAUUCUCAAUUUACUGGAGAAGCUUACCAAGCACGGUCAAGCCAUUCUGUGUACCAUUCAUCAACCGUCGGCAAUGUUGUUUCAACGCUUUGAUCGACUCCUCUUCCUGGCCAAGGGAGGCAAGACGGUCUACUUCGGACCAGUGGGCCACUUGUCCACAACCCUCAUCAGCUAUUUUGAAAAGAACGGAGCAGAUCCGUGUCCUCCUGGAGCCAACCCUGCCGAGUGGAUGCUUGAAGUGAUUGGCGCCGCUCCGGGGACAUAUUCCGAGAUCGACUGGCCGCGAAUCUGGCGUGAAUCGCCCGAGUAUCGUGAUGUCCAGGCGGAACUCAACCAGAUGAAGCGUGAACGGUCCAAGAUGGCCCACGCCACCAACUUCGAACAGGACAAGACCAGCUAUCGAGAAUUCGCCGUCGGUUUCCCCAGACAAUGGUUCGAGGUGCAGAAGCGAGUCUUUGAACAGCACUGGCGAACCCCUCGCUAUAUCUAUGCAAAGUUCAUCAUGUGCAUCGCCGCCGGCUUGUUCAUCGGAUUCUCCUUUUUCAGGGCCAACAAUACGCAGCAAGGUCUCCAGAACCAGAUGAUCGGCAUUUUCAUGUUGAUGUCAAUUUUUGGCCAACUCGUCCAGCAGCUGAUGCCCCUCUUCGUCACCCAACGAUCCCUGUACGAGGUCCGCGAACGACCUUCGAAGGCGUAUUCAUGGCAAGCCUUUGUCAUCUCCAACGUGGUCGCCGAUAUACCCUGGAGUUUGGGCUGUUCCGUGUGCCUUUAUUUCUGCUGGUACUAUCCCAUCGGCUUGUGGCGCAACGCAGAGCCCUCCGACGCUGUCGCCGAGCGAGGAGCCCUGAUGUUCCUCCUGAUUCUGACGUUCCUGUUGUUCACAAACACCUUUGCCCAUAUGAUCAUUGCUGCAAUCGAUACUGCUGAGACCGGCGGGAAUAUCGCGAAUUUGUUAUUCUCCCUCUGUCUGAUAUUCUGCGGUGUAUUGGUCGCUCCCAAUGCCCUCCCAGGGUUCUGGAUCUUCAUGUAUAGAGUGUCCCCAUUCACCUACCUGAUCGGCGCCAUGCUCGCGACGGCCGUCGGCGAUGCCUCCGUCACAUGCGCCGCGAACGAAUACUUGUCCAUCGACCCUCCCUCCGGCCAGAUGUGCGCAGAGUACAUGGAUCCCUACAUCUCGACGAUGGGAGGGUACCUGCAAAACGGCAACGCAACGGCCGACUGCUCGUACUGCAGAGUCGCGGACACCAAUGCGUUCCUGGCCGGCGUCAGCGUCAACCCGAGGGAUUCCUGGCGCAAUUUCGGCUUCAUGUGGAUCUACAUUGUAUUUAACUUCUUCAUGGCCAUCGUCUUCUACUGGCUCGGUCGUGUCCCCAAGGCGUGGAAUAGCAAGAUCGGCGAAACGUCGACGCCGGUCGACUCGCCUGCGCCGGAAAAGAAUGAAGAUGUGAAGGAUUCGGAGCGAACCACCUCCAGCCCUGGCAGCGACGAUGGCCAACCGGCAGAAAAGAGUUGA